AACCCAUCGGUCGCAGUCGCGUUAACAGUCCCGGUCACGACGCAGUGUCGCCGCCGCUUCGCGCCGUUUACUAUCAAAAUAUCUCUAGUAAAUAUUUGCAAUAGAUUUAAAUUAUAUAUUCUUGGUUUUUGUUUUGUAAAAUAAAAUUUUUUGUUUUGUUGAAGUAUACAUAUAUACACAUAUGCUUAAAUAGAUAGAAUAUAUUUUUUAUACAUUGCAAACACGUCAUUGUUGUGCGACUGUGUGCGAGUGUGAGUGUUAAUCGCGUGUGUACGGCAGUUCACUAGUGCGGCCGCCGACAUCGUCGCCGUCGUUCCAAUUAAGUGUCCGUUUGGUGUUUGUGUGUGUGUGCGCCGCUCUUUCUGUUUGACGAAAAUCAAAUUAGUAUACAUAAUAUAUAAUAUUUACACAGUUUGUUUCUAUUUUUUUUCUGGUUUUUUUCAAAGUUUUCGGCGAACAUAAACAACUAUUUACGCGACAUCACCAUCCAAAUCACAGCGAUAAGUCUCAUCUGUUUCUAGUCGUAUUUACAAUUUUAAUUAGUGAUAAAUAAUUAUUUGUACACGUCAAAAGUCGACGACUUUGGUGUCGUUCAGUUUUCGACCUAAACCUUAUCACUUUCUCCGGACGUUGGCUGAUAAUUUAUAUCUCAAUAAAAGCGAAUAUGAGUAUUGCUGCUUUAUUACAAGCCGCCGAGUACCUGGAAAGGCGCGAAAGAGAAGCGGAACAUGGGUACGCUUCACCGAUGCCAAUCACUAUCGAUCUCAAAGGGGCUACUGCGAAGAGGCCCAAGACAAAGAAGUCGCAGGGAAGUCGGACGACACAUAAUGAGUUGGAGAAAAACAGACGAGCCCAUCUAAGAAAUUGCUUAGAGAAACUCAAAGAAAUGGUUCCGCUGGGCCACGAGUCGUCUCGGCAUACAACCCUGGGACUUCUUACUAAAGCUAAGCGCUUUAUUAAGAAUCUUGAAUCGCAAGAGAAAAAACAUAUGCUGCACAAAGACACAUUAAGCCGAGAACACAGAUACCUUAGGCGGAGGUUGGACCAAUUGACUACCACGCUGAAUGUGAACAAACGCCGGUCCGUGUCCGAGUCCAGCAACUAUACGACUGCUUCCGGCGCAUCAACGUCCUCUUCUGCUUGCAGCACGUCUUCGUCGCCGUCCAUAUCUGAAUCAGACGAAGUAGACGUAACUGGAUGGGUCAGUGACACGGGCAGUGUGCAAUCCGGAUCCAGCGACAGUGGUGUAGCACUCUCUACUUGCCGUAUCACUCUUUCCGAAAUGGUAUUUUAAG